AAAAAAUUAUUAGACGGCGAAAAAGAUAAAACUUUUAUCGAAAUUCGUGAAAAAGCUUAUUACAUUCGUCUUGCUGAAGAGCGUAGGCUGAAAUUAUGUACAGAGGAGAAAGCUAAUGCUUCUGCCAAAGAGAACCUUGUCAAAAUGAAAAAUGAAUUAGCCGACCUAAAGACGGAACUAUCAGAGAAAAAUCUUUUAAUCGCUUCUUCAGACAAAGAUUCUAUGGUGACCAAGUUUAAGCAAAUUGUUGCAGAUACGGUACGAUCUGCAGAAAAUAGACUUUUGGCCAGCAACAAAAAAUUGGUUAUUGCUGAAAAUGGCCUCAAUAAACUUUGCCAGCUAUUAAAAAAUGUGGAAAAAGAGAAUGAUAUUCUUCGCAGUCAUGUAGGAUGA